CCUCUGACAGGUUACGGGGGCGGGGCCAGGUUGUGCAAAGAUGGGAGAGAGGGCAGUCAGUUAGAGCGUCUCUCGCCACAGCUGUGCGUUCCUCUCUUCUGUUCUCAGUCGCCUUUUCCUAUCCGGCAGAAGGAUACAAAGAAAGGGAGACACCAUGAAAUAGAGACGUAGUAUGAACGCGUCGGGGACAACAGAAGGACGAGAGCAACCGAACCGGACAACAGUCUAGCCCCGGACACGGAUACUAUUAUCCCCGGAGCUUCUCCGAUGAGUGCACUGGAUUUUACCCACCAAAGAGCGUCGAGACCGGGGGGGAGUGGGGAGGACAUUAUCGCGCAGGACUGACGGGCUUUCACAGAGGCUCAUGGACAAAACUUUGCACAUUCUCCAGAAAUCCACAGAUGGUGUGCCGACCGGGAUCACCCUGGAUGUGAGUUUGAAUAUGGACGAAGGGGAAGAUUUCACGGAGCAACAGAUUGUGGGGCUCUCGGACAAAAUACCUUUGGUGAAACCUUAUUUCAAGAAGAAACAAAGGAAAUUGGAUGCCAAAUGCCUCCACCGAGCCCUGGAGGAUCCUAUACUGACUACUUUGCUGAGCACAGAUACGCUGGUCUCCGGGGAUGGGGUGUUUGUUCCCCGGAACCAGCCGGGCCGGACUCCGGGGAAUUUGUGCGCAGCGGCUGUAGUGAAACAGAACUGCCUGGGCCAGGUGUGCCUCAAAGACCGGGGCACCGCUGACAAUGCCACCGCUGGGGCCGGUGUGCCUGGGUUGAUCACCCAGGACGUUGAUGUGGAAAUAGCCGAUACUACUACGGAGCUGGAUGAGACUGUUCGGCGAGGGGAGCGACCUAAGAUCAGCGAUUCUUCCCCCGACUGCUUCCAGCUGAAACCGGGCCUCAGGGAGUCUGGUAGCGCGGUGACAAUAACAGCUCCCAGCAGGGAUAUACCUCCCAUAGUUGCACCCCAGGUUCCUCCACACCAGGAGGGGGCAAUCAAAAGCAACGACCUCCUAACCUCUGGGGCAACAAAUCCUCCAGUCAAAGACUGCACUGGAAUCUCGGACCCCCUCCUCCUGCAGCCUGACAAAGGAGUGCUAUUUCAGGACAAAAGUGAAGAGGCCUCACUGGAUCUGGUUUUUGAGCUGCUCACUCAGCUCCAAUAUCACACACACCAGUCAGACUCAGUGGACAUUUGUGUGGAUUUCCUCCAAGGACUGUGCGUUUAUGGCAAUGACUGUGCCCACCACCACACCGUCCUGCCCUACCACUGGCAGAUCCGCAAGAGCAGCAGCCAGACCUGGCAGAGCAUAGCAGAUGACUCCCAGGAACAGCUGGAGAGACUGUACUGCAACCCUGACAAUGAGCAAGUCAGGCUAAAGUAUCAGGGUCGAGUGUUUGCCCUAGACUUUGGGACGAUGCGAGUGUGCGACCUCGAGUUUGACUGCGUCCGACGACUGAGCACCCCCCCCAGCCCUCUACCCCUGCCUGCGAUGAACCCAAACCCCACCCCCAGCUGUCACACAGUGUGGAAGUACUACUGCAGAGACAAUUUUGGCUGGAGGGAAUACUCCGAGCCUGUGGUUAAGCUCAUAGAGGAGGCGAGUUCGAGAGGUCUUAAGGAGGUGAGGUUCAUUACGCUCCAGAACCAGUAUAUCCUCAACAUCAGGGAGGGCUUCCAGCAGAACGCAGUCUUCGGGUUCCGACGUCAGAUCAAGAAGCGGCCCAUGUUCAUGUCCUCCGUGAUUCUCACACCACACCUACAGACUUUGAGCGGCCUCUCUCUAUCUCCUCUCAGCUGUUCGUCGUCCUCUUCCUCAUCCUGCUCAUCAUCCUCUUCCUCCUCCUCAUUAUCAUCAUCCUCCUCCUCUUUGUCCAUGGACCUUCCUGCGUCAUAUCCCCUCUCGCCAACUACCACCAACCCACCCAGCCUUUUUCCUGAAACGUGGUUGCCGAUGACCAUGAGCCAGGACUUCCUUCAGGUGCCGGUUUCCCGUGAAGACCGCAGCUACAGGACGGUGUACAGCCUGUUCCACAAGACGGUUUCGGAGACCAAGUUCAGGAUCAUCAAGAUCCUACGUGUGCAGAACCCCUUCCUAUGGGAGAAGUAUAAGAGGAAGAAGGAGUACAUGUCGCGGCGCAUGUCGGAGAGGGACCGGCAGCUGAGCGAGCGUCACCUCUUCCACGGCACCUCGGCCGACGUGGUGGAGGGCAUCUGCAAGCACAACUUUGACCCCCGAGUCUGUGGCAAACACGCCACCAUGUUCGGACAGGGAUCCUACUUUGCCCGUAAAGCUGUCUACUCGCACAACUUCUCCAAACGCUCGCCGAAAGGAGUCCACUGCAUGUUCCUGGCCAAAGUCCUCACUGGAAGGUAUACUGUAGGAAAUCCCUCUAUGCGACGGCCUCCACCUAUCAACCCUCGUGACGCCUCUAGCGACCUCUAUGACUCCUGCGUGGACAACUGGAUGGACCCCCAGAUCUUUGUCAUCUUCAAUGAUGACCAGAGCUACCCUUACUUCAUCAUUCACUAUGAGGAGGUGCCCAGUACAGUCGCUGUCUGAGCCAAGAUUGCAACGCGGUGUCUGUAUUUGCAAACACUUAAUGUGCAGAGUCUGUUCAGGUUGUAGAUGAAUGGAUCUACUCAUCUACAGCCACUUUAAAGUAACAAUUAAGACCAAUUAAAAAGAAAGUAUAUGUCCACUUUGGUUUAACAGACUCUAUUGUAAUCGGUUUGUUACACUAAAUUUAAUCCAACUGAAGGUGAAACCAGUCGAAACAGACUAAAAAAUGUUUGCAAAUACUCGGUGUUCCCGGUCUGUAGUCAGCUGGAUCCACCUAGCCUGGACUGCAUCAAGGAAUAACAGACCGGAUUCAUCUGGACGAAACUGGACUAGCAAAGGACACACCUGUUUUAAUCUACUGUUCAGAGGUGGAUGACAACUGAAAACAGCUGCAACAGACUUGAGUGGACUCGUAUAGCACACUUUGUCUGCUGUGGACAAGUGAUUAUCGUCACUUUGGAAAAAGAGGAAAUGUACUUAUUUGGAGCAGAUGCAGGUAAAACCCAAUCUAGCCCCGCACCCCCACACUUAGCCUAGCCUGGCUGCCCCUCCUUGAGCCUGCUUCUGAUGGAGGUCCCUUCCUGUUAAAAGGGAGUU